AGGAGAGGAGGGAGGAUGAGCGGCGCGCGGCGCAGGGAGGAGCCGCCGCACGCGCAGCAGCACGCGUUGGCCAACGGCGGCGGGGCCGGGCCGCGCGGCUCCGUGUGGGGCAAAGCGCUGCGCAGCGACUCCGCCUGGCACGACAAGGACGAGUUCUUAGAUGUCAUCUACUGGUUCCGGCAGAUCAUCGCGGUUAUUCUGGGAGUCAUCUGGGGGGUGGUCCCUCUGAAGGGAUUCGUGGGGAUCGCAAUAUUCUGCCUGAUCAAUGCUGGUGUUCUGUACCUCUACUUCAGUAGCUUCCAACAGAUAGAUGAGGAGGAGUACGGGGGCACGUGGGAGCUAACAAAGGAAGGAUUCAUGACAUCUUUUGCACUGUUUCUGGUUGUUUGGAUAAUCUUCUAUACUGCCAUCCACUAUGAUUGACAUGGUCUGCAGCUUUUGCCUGUUAAAUCAGUUGUCAGUAAAUCAGGAAGGUUUUAAUAAAUCAUCACCUUUAGCAGACUGGUGGGAAGCCUGGGGAAGUCCAAUCAAGUUCCUUCUGAUCAGCAUGGAAGAGCCCCACGCCUUCUGCUGGAGCAGCCAGUCUGACUCCGUUUUAUAUACCUGUUAGUUAUUGGAACUAUCAAAAGCCAUUGGAAUUCGUGGAAGUGGUUCAAGACUGUUCAGAUCUUCGACUUUCUGCGACUCUAGCCAGUAAUUGUGUCAAACUCCUGUAUGCUGAAGAUGGAAUCUGUUAAUUUAAUGUAUGUGUGCCCUGUAUCUGGAAUCUCUCAUUACAUUCUCACGUGUCUUCCACUGUUGUCCUUUAUACAGACAGGUUUUUAAAAAGAGAUUGCAAGGUUGGUGAAGGAAGGCCCUGCAGCACCAGAAUAUGAGUUCAGUGGCUGCCCUCAGCAUUUUUGGUAGUAAUCAGAUCUGAAUUGAUUAAACAGACUGUGUUGGUACAAUUUC